AUGCACCGUGCGACUAUACGCAAUCCACUAAAUUGUUGUACUGCUUUGAACACUUCUCCAUGUUUGGCCUCCCAUCAAAUCACGGAAUUUACUAUUGAAGUUCCCAGUCUAACGUAUACGAAUACAUCCAAAAUAAUGAUAGACGGAACAUUAUCUACUUCUCCUGAAAUUCUGGUAACUCAAGAAGAUGAUAUUCCAGAAGCUGUGCAAGAGCCGUCUUGCCAGUCAUUGCCGGCGAGCGCACAAUUAGAACAGGAUUGUUACAUAAAUGAUCCCAAAUUUUGGGGAUUCGUUUACAGAUAG